GUUAGAGCAGAGACACACAACAACAUCACGUCAUAGCUAAUGUUAGCCACCGCAGAGGUAAACAUGAGGCUGCGUGUGAAGAGCUCUGAGCGCCCGGCAGCUGAAAUAUGACUCUACGAGAUGCCGCUAAUAAGCUGCAGAGGACAGCCGGCAGCAGCUCGGAUGGGACGGAGGACUCGGAUUUUUCCGCCGACCUCGAGCACGCCGAAGCUUCCGAGAGCACGCGCAGGCGCAGCAGCACGCGCUUGACUCGCGCGUCACUGCGACUCAGCCAGAGCUCACAAGAUAACUGCAGCUCAGUACGGAGCAGUUCCCCUGCAGCCGGGGGUCUAGACGAAGGCCUGGAUUCAGCAGCAGAGUCGGCAGCAGCAGCAGCAGCAGCAGUGGCAGCGUCUGUCUUCUCCUCCGGGCGCAGGGUGACUCGUAGCCAGCAGGGGGCGAUAAACUCUGCAGCCAAAAAAUACCCACUGCGUCAGAGCAGGUCAUCUGGCUCAGACACCGAGGCUAAUGACCUGAAGCAGGGGGCAGACCGCGACGAGACCCCUCCUCGCACCCCGACAGGCAACGCCCCAUCCUCAGAGUCUGACAUCGAAGUUUCCAGCCCCAGCAACGACCUCGUGUCUUCCAGCAACGAUAUUGUAGUUUCCCAGGAGGAGGACGAGAGAUUGGCCAAAGAGCUGUCGCUCAAAGAGGCCGCCGCCCACGACCUUUCUCACCGGCCCAAACGACGGCGCUUCCACGAGAGCUACAACUUCAACAUGAAGUGUCCCACACCUGGGUGCAACUCAUUGGGUCACCUAACAGGGAGACAUGAGAGACAUUUCUCCAUAUCGGGAUGUCCACUCUACCACAAUCUCUCUGCUGAUGAAUGCAAGGGUAAGGCAUCGACACGCGAGAAACAUACUGAGGAGAGGACACUGUCGCAUCGCCAGGAUGAGAACAGACACUCCACAAGAAGCCAGGCCCCUACAGAGCGUCAGCUGCGCUACAAGGAGAAGGUGACGGAGCUGAGGAGGAAGAGGAACACUAGCCUCAAUAAGGAGCAGAAGGAAAAGUACAUGGAUCACCGUCAGAGUCACGGAGCAAGCAGGGAGCCGCUGCUGGAGAACAUCACCAGUGACUACGACCUCGAGCUGUUCAGGAAAGCGCAGGCACGUGCCUCGGACGAUCUUGAGAAGCUCCGGCUGGCCGGCCAGGUGUCGGAGGGCAGCAACAUGAUAAAAACCAUCGUGUUCGGUCGCUACGAGCUGGACACCUGGUACCACUCUCCGUAUCCAGAGGAAUACGCCCGCCUGGGGAGGCUCUACAUGUGCGAGUUCUGCCUUAAGUAUAUGAAGAGCCAGACCAUCCUGCGCAGGCACAUGGCUAAGUGUGUGUGGAAGCACCCUCCAGGUGACGAGAUCUACAGGAAGGGGAACAUCUCUGUCUUUGAGGUGGAUGGAAAGAAGAACAAGAUUUACUGUCAGAACUUGUGUCUGCUGGCAAAACUCUUCCUUGACCACAAGACUCUGUAUUAUGACGUCGAGCCUUUCCUCUUCUACGUCAUGACAGAAGCUGACAACACAGGCUGCCAUCUAGUUGGAUACUUCUCCAAGGAGAAGAACUCGUUCCUGAACUACAACGUUUCCUGCAUCCUCACCAUGCCACAGUACAUGAGGCAGGGCUAUGGCAAGAUGCUCAUAGACUUCAGUUACCUGUUGUCCAAGGUGGAGGAGAAGGUGGGUUCACCUGAACGCCCCCUGUCUGACUUGGGCCUUAUCAGCUACCGGAGUUACUGGAAGGAGGUGCUGCUGCGCUACCUGAACAACUUUCAGGGCAAGGAGAUCUCCAUCAAAGAGAUCAGUCAGGAGACGGCAGUGAACCCAGUGGACAUCGUCAGCACGCUGCAGUCCCUCCAGAUGCUGAAAUACUGGAAAGGAAAACAUUUGGUUUUAAAGAGACAGGACCUCAUCGACGACUGGAAGGCCAAGGAGACUAAACGCGGUAAUGGCAAGACCAUCGACCCCGCAGCCUUAAAAUGGACGCCACCUAAAGGGACGUAGAGGAGCUUCCUUUCACACUGCUAACCCAAAACACACACACGCAGACAGAUCCUCUACCGUACACUGGCAUGCUCACAGACUCUGAGCCUAAACACACACAAACACACACUCUUGUACAAAACUUUUUCAGCAGCCACAGCACAGUCAGUCACUUAGAGAGUGAGACGUUACUCUGGGUUCAGCAGUCACUGUCACGGCUUGGGAAACUGACUCCAGUCCAACAAAUCCAACAUUUACUCACUAAAUGCACAAAACUUCAUCAGAAAGAAGAAAACACAGAUUAAAAUGAUAUGAUACGAAUGUAAUGAUAAAAUAUGGGUACCAAGCGGUAGUCAGAUUUAGAGAAAAGUGACUCUUUAUUCAAGUGAUUAUUUAUUUCCUGUCUUUUUUGUGUAUUUAGUAUUGAACAUAUAUUAUUGAAUGUGUCCAUGGAAGACACACAGGAGUUUCAGGCUCUUGUCCAACAUAAAGUAUGACUAAAAUGAUAAAAGUAAUUAGCGUCGUGAUGUCAGUCUUUGUACAUUCACUGCUGACAUCUCCUCAACCUCAUCCGUCAUGUGAAAAGUGAAAGUAAUUCUGCGUCGUUUCCUCCCAGACACUUGAUUUAGCGCGGAGCACCAGACUCGCCCCGCUAAUCCAAUCUGCGACAGCCGAUGUUCAACACGCGCCGCGUCUCGCUCUGUUCUCGAGACACAACGCAGGUCCAGCAGCACAUCAACUCACUCGACGUGUUUCGGCAGACACAGAGCAGCUGGCUGCGAUUAAACUGGACGCGGCCCGGGCGCAUGAAGCUUCUAGAAAUAGGAGUCUGGUGCAAACAGCGAGUUCCAACACAGACUACAGAAUGAUUUCAAUUUUUUUCUAUGAGAGUUAGGAGGAAAUGGAAAGGGAUGAAAAAUGUUACUAUGUUUAAUAAUUCCUGUGAACAAAAUACGACCUCACAUUAACUGCUUUGUAUGACGCACCCCAUCAAGCGCAGACUUUUAAACUGGUUUGCAGAGGUGUCUUUUAGUGUAAGAAAGAGGUGUGAGUGGACAAACAUUUUUCUGACAUUGACAGUGACUGUGUGAACCCAGAGCUAAUCAAUAACUCCUCAUCUGUCUCACACACACACACACACACACACAUUGUGUCCAGUAUUUAACCCGUCGCAUCAGUCAAGCGGGUAGUCAGGAAGCUAUAGCUGCCAUUGGCUAUGUUUGGACCGUGUUAUGUUACCAGGAUUGGACUUUGUUACCACCUCUCUCCUCUUUCUUUUUUUUUCUCCAUCUUCUAUCGUAGUGACGGCUGUGUUGUUUAAUGUCUACCACUGGAUUCUCAACAGUGAAGGUACACAAGGGAUGUCAGCUGAUGGGAGUUCUCUGUGUCCUUUCUUUUUAUUAAAGUUCUCAAUGAUAUUUUAUACUUUUUCUACCUCUAAGGUUUACCACUGUACAAAAGCUAGAACGGCCCAUUUUAAGCUUCUUUUGUUUUCUUUUUUUUUAAUUGUUUGAUUCUGUGUCAAUGUGUGAAACUAUGUAGCUGUGUUCAGCCAAGCAAGUGUUUUUGUUUUUUACUAGAUUUAAAAAAAAAAAAUGCUAUUUAUAUUCUUAAAAAAUAUGUUAACUGUGUAGAACGUAAAAGACAAAGUCUGGUAGAGGAACGUCUACUCCGUAGGAGCAGCUCCCAUGUGAAUAUAAAUAUUUAUCUCAAAGUUUUACGUAGAAAUGAAUGUGUAUAGAAGCUCUUGAAAGGUACAGGAGAGAGACUCCAAGACUUUCAUCAACACCCCCCCCCCCCCAAUAAAAACAAUGACUCAGUCAUUUUCGUUUCAAACAUGUCCAGUAAUCAAAAAGUGACACAUGACUGAAUCGUACACAUUGCACCAUAAUUGCUGCUGCAGUUGAUGCAUCAUUGCAGCAUAAAAACACAAGAAAAGCACAACCUUUUUGUGUAAGACUAGUAAAGAAUGUCGACAGGGAGUCAUUUUUGUCGUAUUUUAUUGUUCUUUACAGCCCACUGUGUUUGUUUGAAAACAUGUUUCAUUUUAUUGACAAUCUCCAUAUUUAUUGAUUUGGAUCAAUGUGUUAUUUUUGUAACCAGCAUUUAACAUUAGAUAUGUUUAAAGGAUAGUUUGGCAUUGUGGGAAAUACACAUAUUCGCCAAGAGUUGAAUGAGAAGAUCGACACCACUCUGGUGUCUGUGUGUUAAAUACGAAGUCAUAGCCAGAGGUUGGUUAGCUUAGCUUAGCACAAAGACUGGAAACAGCUAGCCUGGCUUCAGCACAUCAGCCCAUGUUGUUGUCUUUUUUGUACAGAUUGAGCUUUCAGGGUACUUGUAGGUGGAUUUCACCUUUGUACAGAGCUAGGUUAGCUGUUUCCAUUAUUUAUGCUAAGCUAAGAUAACCAGCUAUUUGCAGUAGCUACAUAUUUACUGUCCAGACAUGCGAGUGGUGUCAAUCCGUUCAUUUAACUCCGAGCAAGAAGGCAAACAAGUGUAUUUCCCCAAGACGCUGAGCUGUUCCUUUAAUCGUUGUGCAUAAGCUUGGACAGCAGUUGGUUGUGAAAUUGGAGGUGUGUGGCCAACAAUGUCCGAUUGAAUCAGCUAUUUUUAUUCUCUGAUGCUAUUUUGUUUUGUAGCUUUUGUGUCACAGUUUCAUUUCAGCGUGGAGGAAUCUUCCUCCCUCACAGCCUCGAGUUACAUUUGCUUUUCUCGUGUUGCCUUUAAAUGCUGUAAGGUUGAAGAUGUUUUUCUUUGUAUUGUCUCGUGACGUUUUUCUUUCUACCAUCUGUGGAUUUUAUUUAUCUGUUUUACAUGUUGUGUGUUUUCUCUAACCCUGUGGAAGCUUCGCCUGCCUUCUUUUGGGUCUUACAUAAAGAGGUUCAGGAGUCACGUCACUGACUGACAGACUUCCAGUCAAUACAAACAGGACUACAUUUAUCCUUUUAGCACCUUAACUCAAUAAACUUCUGCAAUGUGCUACUAACCAAAAUUACCCAUGACUCAUCAGUGUACAGUUUAUUCUUUUUUUUGGCCAAUUCAUAAGUGCAUUUACAGGAAAGUGGACUUACUUUUUGAAAGACUUCCAAAAGAAAAAUAUGUCCUAAAAACAUAACUCUUGAUGACGACUGGGCUAAUUUAGUUCUCGACUGUACUUUUUUAGUUAUAGUUAUGUUGAGAUAUUACUUGCGUAGGUGAGAUUUGUACUUUUACGUUUAACGCUCACAGUUGCAGAGAUCGUUUUUUCAGUUGAAAGGGCCCAUUAAACCAUAAAUGACAACACUUAGUCAAAAAACACCCCUGGAAUGUGUUAGACAUCACCGAUUGAUUCGUAUUUAUUGUGAAAAUAGUUUUUUUUCUCUCGUUUAUUUUUUGUUCCUGGUGUCUUGUAGUUUUUCUUUGCCAGUGGCAGCUAUAGAUGGGUAGCACCUUGCUGGUUAUUAACACGUCUGAAUAAUGUCACAGUUACUUAGAAAACCCAGAGGCAUUCCUUCACCUUUCACCAGUGAGUUGUUGUAGUACUGCAGCACUUCACCGCACACUGCUUCCUAUUUAAACGACGCACUGAAAGCAGAGACAGACAAAAGUAGCGAGGCGUUGAUAUGUAGCUCAGUUGUGCUUUUGUACUUGCUUCUCCUCCCCUUCCUUCCUCUUCAAUAAAUGAAAAUUGUGAAAACA